AUGGCGGCGCUGUGCGCCACGGACCCGCUCUUUGCCUUCUUUGCAGCGCUGCCGGACCCUGACGUGGACAUCGAGGCGUGCAUCGAGGAGGCGGAGCGCGCAUUCGACGAGCUCGGCGCGGUGGGCGUCGGGAUGUUUACGUCGUACGGACAGGCUCACACCACUUUCCCAGGGGAUGCCUCUUUUGAGUCGCUGUGGGCGUUCCUCAACGAGCGCGGCACGCUCCCGUUUAUCGCGCAGGCGCCCGCAAGCCACGGAGCCCGCCAGGCCAGACACCACCCCGAAUGCGGCAUCUUGACUCCCCUCUGGUGGCCCUUCGCAGAGGAGGACCCGGCGGAGUUCAUGGCGCUGGCGCGCAGCUUCUAUUUCGACACCGCCCUCUCCGGCGAUCCACUCGUGAUGCAGACCCUCGCGUCCUUCCUGGGAGAAGAGGCCCACGCGCAACGCGUGCUCUACGCAACCGACUUCCCGUUCGUGCCCCAUCCGGCGGUCCAGCUGCAGGACGCGGGGCUGAACGCGUACUUGGAAACCACCGGCUCGGACGACGUGUCCGAGGCCAUCUGCCACGGCAAUGCCGAGGCCCUCUUUCCGCAGCUUGGAUCCACCGCAUAG